GAAAGAGGGAGAAGAGGGAGGGUGCAGCGCUCUGAGAGAGAAGAAAGAUAAAGAAAAGAAAGAACGAGAAGAGCGAGACGAAACCCUGAUUAGGUCUUGACGACGACGACGACGACGACGAAGGAGAUCAAGGAUCCAAGCAGCGAACGGUGCCCGGAAAUGGCGGCCGCCGAGGGAACGAGCUCCGCCCCGUCUUCGUCUUCGUCCGCGUCGGCGGCAGAUUCGUACAUCGGAAGCCUCAUCAGCCUCACCUCCAAAGCCGAGAUCCGCUACGAGGGCGUCCUCGUCUCCAUCAACCCCCAGGAGUCCACCAUCGCCCUCCACAACGUGAGGUCCUAUGGAACUGAGGGACGAAAGAAGGACGGUCCUCAGGUUCCCCCAGGCGACAAAGUAUAUGAAUAUAUUCUGUUCCGAGGAAGUGACAUCAAGGAUUUGCAAGUGAAGUCAUCUCCAGUUCUUAGUAAACCCCAGGCACCCAGUGAUCCAGCUAUUAUUCAGUCACGUUAUGCUUAUGCACCUACUACAAGUACAUCUUCAGCUGGAGGCACUGCUCUUACUGGUCAAGGCUCCCAUGCUGCACACUCAUCUUUAGCCAGGCCAUCAUAUCCAGAUGCAUUAUCACAGUAUCAAUCUGGGGCCGCUCUCGGUUCCCGGGCCUCCUUGCCUGCUUCUACAAAUAUAAAUGAGACCUCUUCUAGUGCACCUAUGUAUUGGCAAGGAUAUACUGGUGCACUAGAUGGCCAGGCUCCUGCUCAACAGCAAUCAUUUCCUUUGCAGCCCUCUUCAGCAAUGCUGCAAGAUCAGUUGCAGUUACCUGUAAGGCAGGCACCAAUGAGCAUUCCAAAUUUCAUAGACCCUGCCCCUUUAACCUUCACUCCUGUUGCCACCAAUGAGCACUCAAAAUUUCAUAGACCCUCUUCUCAUUUUGGAAUUUCUAGCCCUGCUGAUGUAUUGUCAUCAGUAUCCAGUGACGCUUCUCAACCAUCUCAUCCAUUGUCAUCUCUACUGUAUCCAUCAACAAAGUCUUCAUUUUCUUCAUCAAAUCAAGAGUUAAAUGCCUCCAUGUAUUCAAUUUCUAGCAAAGCUGGAUCUUCAGCACUGCCAAUCCUUUCCAUGCCAAGUUUACCUUAUUCCUCAGCUUCAAUUUUGGGAUCUGCUGCAUCUCCUGUAACUACAUUGCCUCCUCUGCUGGCCCGUGAUCAGUUCCCACAAUCUAGGCCAACAACUUCCUCCUUUAACCAGAGACUGAGCCAUGAGCAAGAAGACAUGGCAGCCAUGUUACCGCCAUCAUCGGACCCAUUAUUGUCAGUUAGCUCACUGCCUCAGGCACCAUUUUUGCCAUUACCAUUGCCUUCCCAACAGGGACAGGUUGGGGUGGCUCGAUUCACCGAUGAAUUUGAUUUUGCAGCCAUGAAUGAGAAGUUCAACAAAGAUGAAGUUUGGGGGUCGCUUGGGAAGUCGAGAAGAAGCAUAGAAAAUGAAAUAGGAGAAAAUCCAGCUCACGAUGAUUUGGAGGUUGAAGAGGGUUAUGAACAAGAUCCCAAGCUUGACCACAAACCUGUAUAUAAUAAAGAUGACUUCUUUGACAAUCUUUCUUGCAACUCACUUAACCGAGGAUCAUGGAGCGGCCGUGCCAAGUUCUCUGAGAGAAUGAAAUUGGACACAGAGACUUUUGGCGAGUUCCAGCAGAGGACUCAUUUGGGUCGUGGCAUCCAUGGGCCUGCUCAUUCUAGUAACUUCAGGGGAUCGUACAACCGUGGAAGAGGUUAUGGAUAUUAUAGUGGGAGGGGCCAUGGAGGAUAUAGACCUGUCUAGAAGCUUUUAUCUGAUCGAUUUCCUGAGGAUUUGUGGUUUUGCCAGUGUACUCAUGUCAGUCCUGCUACUCCACCCUGUUAAUCUGUCUGGCGGCUCUCAAAACCACCCUCUUACCUGUAUCCAGUCAUGGCCUCGUAGCCAUUCGCAUUUAACCACUGAUGUGAAAUACUGUCUUUUAGAAAUUUUUGCCGUCUCUACCUACUAAUUUUUCAUAGUAUGGCCUCUGUCUUUUUCUCGCACAGGCUUCCUUUGUUGUAGUAAGAGGCAUUUCAUGUCUCUCCUUAUAUAAUCUCAAGUAAUUUGAGAUGAAGAACUGCUAAUGUACGACUUACCAGGAUGUACAUCGUUCAGGUGGUGAGAAAAGUUGGCUGAUGAAUGUUUAUAUGGUUAUGAAUGACUUGUUAAUUUUGGUACUUA